UCAUGUCUGCCACAACUUCUGAGACUCCAAAUUCAGCUGUCUCCAGGGAGGCCAGCAUCCAGUCUUCAGCAGCAGCCACCAGUCAAGGAUAUGUUUUGCCAGAAGGCAAAAUUAUGCCAAACACCGUUUUUGUUGGUGGAAUUGAUGUUAGGAUGGAUGAAACUGAAAUCAGGAGUUUCUUUGCCAGAUACGGCUCAGUAAAAGAAGUGAAGAUAAUCACUGAUCGAACUGGUGUGUCAAAGGGCUAUGGAUUUGUUUCAUUUUAUAAUGACGUGGAUGUGCAGAAGAUAGUAGAAUCACAGAUAAAUUUCCAUGGUAAAAAGCUGAAACUGGGCCCUGCAAUCAGGAAACAAAAUUUAUGUACUUAUCAUGUGCAGCCACGUCCUUUGAUUUUUAAUCCUCCUCCUCCACCGCAGUUUCAGAGUGUUUGGAGUAGUCCAAAUGCUGAGACAUACAUGCAGCCUCCAACCAUGAUGAAUCCUAUAACUCAGUAUGUUCAGGCGUACCCUCCUUAUCCAAGUUCACCAGUUCAGGUCAUCACUGGAUAUCAGCUGCCUGUUUAUAAUUAUCAGAUGCCACCGCAGUGGCCGGCUGGGGAACAGAGGAGUUAUGUUAUACCUCCGGCAUAUACAACUGUUAACUACCAUUGCAGUGAAGUUGAUUCAGGAGCUGAAGUUUUGCCAAAUGAAUGCUCAGUUCAUGAAGCUACUCCAGCCUCUGGAAGUGGCCCACAAAAGAAGUCUGUGGACCGAAGCAUACAGACAGUGGUCUCUUGUCUAUUUAACCCUGAGAACAGACUGAGAAAUUCUCUUGUUACUCAAGAUGAUUACUUCAAGUGCAAUAUAUAACUGCAGUAGUCACCUUGCCCCAAAGUUCUAAAGGAUAAAAGAGUGCAUCACUUCAGAAGAAGCCGGGCAGUGCUGAAGUCUGACCAUCUUUGCUAAUUUAGUAGUCAAGGCUGCUUGUUGACUACUAAAAGAGAUGGAAUGGUUUUCACUAUUACAGAGGGGUUGAAAAAUCACACUCAGACUUUGUAUAAGAGUUCUAUUAGAUUGCCUAGUUUUAUGUUGAAUCUGUUCAUUAGAUGUUUAUGUAGAAACUGGUUUUGUGUUCACUAUAUAGUUGAAAGAAAAAUAAUUGCAAGUAAAAAGGAUAAAAAAUAAUUUUCAAAUAAUUGAAAAAUAGCUGAAAGGAAUAACUUUUAAGACUUAAAGGACUUUUAAUUGAAAUUGGCAUUUUAAGAGUUCAAAAACAAAUACUAAUUUUCAAGAAAACGAUUUUAUAAACCUAUUUUGAAAGGUCAGAAUUUUGAUAGACUACAAGCAUUUCACUUCUCUACAGGUACCUGAACAGUACAGUAUUUACAGUAUUGUACUUUACAUUUAUUAUUUGUCUAAACAUUUGCCACAAGAGCAUAAUUUUUAGAACUGCAUUUUUAAUCAGUGGAACUCAAUAUAUAGUAGCUUUAUUGAAGUCUUCCUUAUCUAAACCCAGGAAAACAGAUUCUUAACAGUCCAAUCAGUGGGUCUUACAUUUAUACAAAAUAUUUUACCCUGUAGCUAGAAUCCACACACAUGCACAUAUCCUAUUUAUUUGGUUGGGAUGGUAAUGAGGAUAUCUAAAAUUCUGGGUAUAAUUUUGUUUAACGAAUCCAAGACAAAAACUAAACUUUGCUAGGUGUAUAAGCUAUUCUCAGUGAGUUAAUACUCUUUUUUUCUUAAAAUGCUGAACUGAAUGGCUGUCUUAAAAUUGUGCAAAAUACUGAUAUUAAAGAGUGCUGAAAAUUUUUUAUGUCACUUAAAAGUUAAUCAGAGUAUCUGAAAGAAAUUUUUAUAAAAACAUUCAAAAUAUAAGUUGUUACAGAGUAAACAGAUUUUUAGUUUUGUUAGUCUGUUGUAUUUCCUUUUGUAAAGUAAAAUAUAUCCAAAACAGUCAAAGUAGGUAAUUUUGACAUUUCUAAACCACAAAAUUUGUUUCAUAAUUGUAUCCCAAGAAAGUGGUAGUUUAUCUGUUUUUAGAUUGAUGGUCUCCAUUGGACAUUAUGCAUGGUGACAGCAGAGACCCUUUGUGCCCACAGUCAUUUGCAAUCUGUACUCCCAUUCUGUCAGGAUUUGUUCCAUGGUAUAAAGUAAGCAAGUAACCGAUAGGAGCAGUUCAGGGGCUAAGCCUUAGAAUGUAGCAUGGGACGACAGUACCUUUCUAAAGGACUCAAUUGGAUGGACACCAUCUGACCUGCCGUGGACAUGAGUUUUAAAAUGCCUUGUUGGCCUGCCUUGUAUUAGCCCUUCCCUCAAACAUGGAGAUUCCACUUAACCCUAACUUAAUGGAACCACCAUGGGUCAUGUCACAAGUGUCCAUAAUGAUCUUCAACUCUUAAUUUUAUUCUGUAUCUGAAGGACAAAAAUCUUUUUAAGUCACCAAGAGGUCAGUAUACCAGAAAAGUAGAAAGUGUCCCGAACUUUGUUCUUUUAUUUGUCCCUUGUUUAUUUCAGUGUAUUUGUAUUUUUGUGUGAGAUUCUUACACGUAUCACUCUGAUUAAAUCUCCAGCUUACUGUGAAUGAUACCCUAAAUUCUAAAGAACAAUUGUAAUUGUUGCCGUAUGACUUUAAGGAAAAGUAAGGGAAUAAACUUUCAUCUGCUGUUCUGUUGGAGUCAAGUAUUUAAGAGAAGGGAGAAAAAAGUACUGAACCUUUCAAAAUGGAAGAUUAAUUUUAAACUUAAAAGUAUGUUCCUAUUACCUAUUGCUGAUACUAUCUUUGCAUAAAUGAAUAAAGCUUUUUUUCAAAAAUA